AUGGCUGCCGCUGGGGGCGCAUCCUCGAUUUCGGUUACGGUCAGAGUGAGGCCAUUUACAAUUCGCGAAGCGGCCCAGCUCACGAAAUGCGAGGAUGGGCCUUUGUUUCUCGGCGAUGGCUCCCUGGCUGGCGUGUCGACUCCGAAGCUGCAACAAAAGGGGAUCCGGUCCGUGAUCAAGGUGGUGGACAACAAAUGCUUGGUGUUCGACCCCCCAGAGGACAAUCCCGUCCAUAGGUUCUCACGGAGCGUUGUACCUAAUGGGAAGCGCGUCAAGGACCAGACGUUCAUGUUCGAUCGUGUAUUCGACGAGAAUACCACACAAGGAGAGGUCUAUGAGGCAUCGACACGCAACCUUCUCGACAGUGUUUUGGACGGCUAUAAUGCUACGGUGUUUGCGUAUGGGGCAACCGGAUGCGGAAAGACUCAUACGAUCACCGGAACCGCGCAACAGCCAGGAAUCAUAUUCUUAACAAUGCAAGAAUUGUUCGAACGCAUUUCAGAACGCUCCCAUGAAAAAGUCACAGAAGUGUCCCUAUCUUAUCUUGAAAUCUACAACGAAACCAUUCGCGACUUGCUUGUCAGCGGAGGAAACAAGGCUGGGCUCAUGCUCCGAGAAGAUGCGAAACAAUCGGUAUCUGUCGCGGGGCUGUCAAGCCAUCACCCGCAAAAUGUCCAGGAAGUAAUGGAUAUGAUCAUGCGGGGCAACGAAUGUCGGACCAUGUCUCCGACGGAUGCAAACGCAACAUCCUCGCGAUCCCAUGCGGUGCUACAAAUCAACCUUGCCCAGAAGGAUCGCAACGCCGAUAUCAACGAACCACACACGAUGGCAACAUUGAGCAUUAUCGACCUUGCUGGAAGUGAACGAGCUAGUGCGACGAAGAACAGGGGAGAGAGAUUAAUCGAAGGAGCGAACAUUAACAAGUCAUUGCUCGCAUUGGGCAGUUGUAUCAACGCCCUCUGUGACCCUCGAAAACGAAAUCAUGUCCCAUAUCGAAAUUCAAAACUCACGCGACUGCUGAAAUUUUCCCUUGGAGGGAACUGCAAAACUGUCAUGAUCGUUUGUGUGAGCCCGUCGAGUCAGCAUUUUGACGAGACGCAGAACACCCUCCGAUAUGCGAAUCGGGCGAAAAAUAUCCAGACCAAAGUUACUAGAAACGUAUACAACGUUAAUCGUCAUGUGAAGGAUUUCUUGGUGAAAAUUGACGAGCAAAUGGCUCUAAUCAACGAACUAAAGCAACAGCAAAAGGAUUACGAAACUGUUGCGUUUGCGAAGUUCAAGAAGCAGACAGAGAAAAGGGAAGCAAUUGCACGAGAGGGUAUCUCGCGGCUGCGCAGUGCGUAUGAACAUGCUGCCUCUGAAAGACAAGAAAGCGUCAACAACAUGUUGCGCCUGAAGCAUGUUGGUCGUCGGAUCGCGAUACUAUCUUCGUGGAUCGCCGCUUUUGAUGGUGUCUGCGCCAACAGGGAUGGUAAAAGUGGGUUGGGAAACCUACAAGCAGUGCGCAAGACCGCCCAAGGCAUCCUUCUGGAGUUGGAAGGGAGCCGCCAACACUAUCACCAAAGGAUCGCUAAGUGCAACUGGGACCGGGCCCUAAACUCGGCUUUAGAAAAUAGUAUCCGACAGCUAAAAGAGAUCGAGUCGGGUGAUACUAUGGAGGUCGGGAACCUGAAACGUGAAGUCGAGCUUCUGAGGUUCCAGGCGGAGAGAGAUGUUUUGAAUGCAGUUUCAGAGCAGGAGAAAGCAGGGGAAAUGGAGACAGUCCAGAUGUUGCUGCAAGCCAAUUUUGAAACCAUUGCCGCAAUUGAGGAGAUCACACACCUCAGCGAAGACGAAGCUAUUGAAAUUGGCAAAGGAAUCCUGGGCAAGCUCCUACAGACCUGCACGACCACGACAUCACACGUAGUCAAACCCGAUGGAAGUCCAAUCCGCCUUGCGCCCAUACCAACUCCAAGGAUAGGCAGUCCUAAAAAGCGAAAGAAGUUCAGCAUCGGUGGAACAGUCGUCCUUCCUCGACCAGCACGUCUUUCUUUGAUACCGACCACCCAAUCACCCAACAAAGGCUCUCCACGAAGACGAAAAUUAGGUGCGCCAAAGAAAGUCGUCGCGUUUACGCCGGUGAAGACUGAGAAAUCAUCCAAAAGAAGCGUUCGGUGGAAAGACGAUGUCGAGGAUGGAGCACUGGCAGAAUUUGAAAAAACUCCUCAGAGACCUCAGGAAUCCCCAGAAGCCCCGUCAUCGUGCGAGCCAACCUUGCCGCCCGCACCGACAAUUACGUCUGCCCUCCCUGUUCCAACGGCGGCCGGCUCCAGGGAAUCGUCGCCAAUUCCAGCUCCUCCCGAACUAAACGCCAUCCACGUUAAGAACAACAGCCGAUUCAAAGCCGGGUUCUUGUCGAAGAGAACCAAUGGCUCUCCAGUCCCUGCAUCUCUCCCUAGACUUCCUUCCUCGGAUAGUGAAAACUCUCCACUGCGGUCUAUUGAGGCGAGCAGCUUUCUCAACCGGCAAUCGCUUGAUCGAACAAGCAUCAACAGCCAGUCACCGGAGAAUGGCGAAUGGAAGCCGGACAAGCUUGAAGCAAUGCGCAUCAAUUCGGCCAUGCGACGUAUUUCUGGAAACCAUGCUGCCACCCUGCCACGAGUUCGUCGCCGCAGUCGCAGUCGCAGCCCUCCAGUGAUAUCGCCUAGCCCUACCCACAAUGAGAACACGAUGUUUACUGCAUCGCAAGCAAGGCGUAUGGUGAAGAGCGAGAAAGAUCAGGAUUUACGGCUGAACGUUCUGAGCCCUCGAACGCUUCCGGUGACGAAGAAUCCAGGGCAGCGGCGAGUCACCUCCGUCGAUCUUAAACCACGAGAGAGUAUGCGAUUCAGUGGAACUGCUAUUCCUGCUGGUGGAAGUUUGCGAGGGAGUCCGCGAGGGACAGCAAAUGGUAUAUAUCGAUAA